AUGGAGGCUGUCACGUCGGUGUCGAUCAACAAUGUGCCGUGCAACUUCUCCUACCAGGACUCUGUCAGGGAAUCACUCGACCUGCUCAAGGAGGGCUCAGUCAACAACCAUCCGGAUCUGAAGCGUCGCUGGUCCGUGGCAACUGCAGAGGACGACGAAGGAGAACUGGCGAUUGCGAUCCCCAAAGGAAUGAUUAUCCCCAGCUUGAUGGACGAGGACACCAUCAACAGAGCAUCCAACGUUGUCGACACUGUUAGGGAAACAGCCACGCCAGAGCCAUCAACACCUCAAACGCCAGCUGCUGCGCCAGUUCUCAGUUCCGGAGUCAACUUUGCGACAUUGAUUGUUCGAAUUGUCUUCAAGCUUGAGAACCCAACUGCAGGCGUCUUCUUUGUCGGACCUGAUCCAAUCAAUGCACCCAACCGGGCGCAUUCUGUAUAUACCAUCAACCAGCCAUUACCGGGCGCCACCAGGCUGUGGCUCCCUUGCUUGGAUCGUCUGUCAGAGAGAUGCACAUGGGACAUCGAUUUUAUCGUGCCAUCAUUCGCACCAGAGGAGGAUCUGGAUGAGGAUAUCGAGGGCUGGUCCCCGGACGAUUACGAAGAUGACGAAAAAGUGCAGGUCAUUUGCAGUGGCGAUCUCUUACAACAAACCAGACACCCCUCCGUGCAGACAAAGACCAUCUUUCACUACAGCAUACCGGUCCCGACUCCGGCCGCUUCGAUAUCCUUUGUCGCCGGAGUUUUCGAGGUGAUCAAGUUGCGACCCCAGGACUAUGCUAUCCAGGAGCAAGGAGAUGACACUGAGACUGGCGAGAGAGACGAUGACGAUCAGGACGAUGCUCCAGAAAAGCCAACAGCAGCGCAGAUCCGUGGGUCAAUACCCGAUAUGUUUGCCUUCUGUCCACCUGGACGGGCUGCUGAACUCCGCCACACCUGCGCAUUCAUGGUCAAGGCGAUGGAAUUUUUCAUGCACGAGAUCGGAUCAUAUCCAUUUGCCUCGUUCAAGAUGGUGUUUGUGGAGGAUGCCUGGGCCCCGACGUUUACUUCUGCAUCCAUGGCUAUCUGCAGCACGUCGCUUCUCCAUCCAGAGGACAUUAUCGACCAAGUGUACGAGACACGGAAGCUGCUCACGCAGGCCUUGGCUCAACAGUGGUUCGGCAUCUACAUUGUCCCCAAGUCCUGGCCCGACAUCUGGAUUAUUGUCGGCCUGACGAACUUUGUCUCCUCGCUGUUUCUCAAGAAAAUGUUUGGCAACAACGAGUAUCGGUUCAGGAUGAAGAAGGACAUUGAACGCUGUUGUGUCAUCGACAAGGAUCGGCCGCCACUUUACAAUCCCAACAUCGCCUACCCGAUCGAUCAGGAUGACCUGGAUUUCAUUGGACUGAAGGCGCCGUUGGUGCUUCACAUGCUCGAUAAACGAAUGUCCAAGGGCGGUACCUCCCGCGGCUUGUCUCGUGUCAUCCCCAAGAUUUUGGUCUCGGUUAUGAGCGGAGAAUUGACGCAUAACGCUAUCGGCACCCACUGGUUCGUGAAAACAUGUCGGAAGGUCAGCGGACUGGAGACGAAGGGAUUCGCGGACCAAUGGAUCUACAACAGUGGCUGCCCUAUCUUUUACUUUUCCUAUCACUUCAACCGGAAAAAGAUGGUCGUCGAGAUCAACAUGCGACAAUCGUCAACAAAUGGCCAGGGGACGGAGAGAGGUCGCGCGGCCAUGAACAGCGACCAUCCUCCUCCAACGCUAUUCACAGGAACGAUGACAGCCCGUAUUCAUGAGGCCGACGGUACACCCUACGAGCACGUGUUGGAUAUUCAGGACGCAGGAAAGCGCUUCGAGGUGCAGUUCAACACUAAGUACAAGCGUAUUCGACGAAACACCAAGCGAUUCCAGAUGAAGCAGGCAGCAGCAGCCCAAGCAGCCCGUGAGGCCGAGGAAGGUGGCGAUAUUGAGGAUGGUCUCGAGUCGCUUGGAUUCGGGGCUGGACUCUGGGAAGACGAUAAGGAGAAGGACGAAUGGCAGGUUGUCGAAUGGGGCCAAGGUGACGAGACAGGGGCUGUCAGUGCAACGUUCGAGUGGAUCCGACUGGACGCCGAGUUUGAAUGGCUGUGUCAGCUUCGCUUCGAGCAACCCGACUUUAUGUGGGCCGCUCAGCUUCAGAAGGAUCGAGAUGUGGUCGCCCAAUACGAGGCCAUCCUGGCUUUGGGCUCAUUGCCAUCUCCUGCGGCGUCGACAUCGCUUUUGAAGACCUUGCUGGACACGCGUUGCUUCUUCCGCGUACGAAUGGAGGCUGCCUAUGCAAUUGCCCGGUGUGCAAUCCCACAGACGGAUUGGGUUGGUCUGCUGCAUCUGACCAAGACGUUCCAGCACAAGUACUGUUACCCACCAACACACGUCACCACGUUCCGUUUGUCCGACGCCACCAUCCCCUGCAUGCCUAAGCCUAAUGACUUUAGCAGUCUGGCCGAGUAUUACUUGCAAAAGGCUAUCCCAAUCGCACUUUCUAACAUCAGGGACGAGAGGGGAUACUGCCCUCUCAAAGUGCGGCAAUUCUUGCUCGACCUCCUCCGCUUCAACGACAACACUGGCAAUGUAUACUCAGACAACUACUACGUCAGUACGUUGGUGUCAGCUUUGGGACACUCGUUGCUCCCUGACUUCACGCGCGGUCGCAGCGGGAUAGACGACGAUGAGGACGAGACGUUUGAGCAUGCGGAUGAUCCACAGGGUAAGGAAGUUCUGGAGCAGGCAGUGCGCGAGAUUGACCGAUACCGUACCCUUGACUACCUGAUCCCGACCUAUCACAAUACGGUGACUGUAAGCUGUCUCCAGGCCACCGCCCGACUCAUGCUUGCGGGAGUCAUCCCCCGAGAUCUUAAGAUGUACAUGAUGCACACCAGAUUCGGCAACUUUACGGAUGUCCGACUGUCUUCUUUCGACUCGCUCCUCUUGCUCGGUGCUCUCGACAACUACAAGGCCUCCGAGUACAUCUGUAACGUCAUCGAGCAGGAUCCAUCACCGUUUAUCCGAUUCCACGUUGCUCAGGGUCUUGCCGAGAUUUUGGGGAUAUUCAUGGCACGUGAUGGCCUCGAGGGCCACCGGGAGCUUCAUGACAGUCUUUUUGAAGAGGACGGAAGCUCAGGACAAAAGUCAGGGCAGUCGGGUGACAAGCCAGCUCUUCCGGCAUUGGACAUUGUUAGGAGGCAGUACGGCGUCCAACCUGUGCUUCGGAGGGAAAUCUGGAGGAUUUUGACGAGCUACCCAUACCUGGAGCAUCGUAUCUUGAAGUAUUUACUUCUAUUCUGCGACGUCCUGUACCCUCCAGGAGAGUCAAUCAUCCCCAAGCUCAAGUUCCGUUUGUCGACUAACGACGACAUUGCGAUAAGAGAUUCUAGUCCGGUCUAUGAGCAAGCACCAGUUCCGUUGCCUACAUACACCACAAGCAACCCCACCAGACCUUCAGCAACGCCGGUGCACGUCAUACCAUCGGGCUCCAGCGCUCUCCCUAGGGCGAAUGGCACAACAGCAUCAGUCCCUAUUCCGGCUAUGGCACCCGAGCUGCUCGCUGCAGUAGCCUCGUCUCCCAUGAUGCAGCAAUCGCGAGAGCAAGUGCAGGUCCCUGUGUCUACCACAAUGGUGCCGGCAGUCGUUCCCAUGCCAACGCCAGCACCCGCGCCUACACCCGCGCCUACACCCAAGGCACCCAAGUCCAAGCCAGAGACAACCAAGGCGCCCAAGGCGCCGAAGCCAAAGCUCACGGCUGCUCCAGCAUAUAUCCCGCCCCCUGUGCCACAAGUUGCUAAACCUAUACCGGUUGUUCCGGCGCCCAAGGUGGAUAUCGCUGUGUCCCUUUCGCCGGCAUCUCGCAUCAAGGAGGAGCCGAUGACUUCGCCGACCAUCCCCAAGCAGGUCGUGGAACCGAAGCCAGCUGCAACAAAACCGCCGGCCAAGAAGGCUGAGCCCAAGCCCAAGCCUCCGGUGUCUCAGCCCAAGGAGGUUGCGGCAAUCCCUGCCGUCGAUAGGAUCCCUGUGCCAACCCAGCCUGUCGUCCAAAUCAUGCCAAAGGAUCAUAUCCGACAAUGCAUGAAGGUACUGCGCAAGUUGGGUAGCAGGCAUUGUUCACUCCACUUUCGUGCGCCUGUGGAUCCAAUCGCGGAGAACAUUCCUAAUUAUCCGGAUGUGGUCAAGCACCCUAUGGAUUUGAAGACCAUGAAGGCCAAGCUUGAAGGUGGUCAAUAUCACACGUUGCAGACUUUUGAGGCAGACUUUCGUUUGAUGAUGACAAACUGCUUCUUGUUCAACCAAGUUGGAAGCUUCGUGUACACGCAGGGCCAGGAGAUGGAGGAACUCUUCGAUAGCGAGUGGACGGAAGUCAUGGAGGAUGCUGGAGUCAAGGUUCCCGAGCUCAACAUCACCAUCGUGGAGACCCCCAAGGGAUCAUCAUCUUCAACCAGUUCUUCCACGCCCAUGGCAACAUCCAUGUCGUCGAACUACCCUCCAUCCCAGCCUCGUGCGACAGCUUCCAAGCCACUACUUUCAUCGAGCGAAGCCAACGCACGAUCUGCGUUGUCUGCUUCUACAACUCCCUUACCAAAGGCAAGCAAGCCAUCUACACCCAAACCCCCGGUUCCCGUCUAUACUCCUCCUUCCGUGCCAUUGGGUCCUUCGUCGUCAUCAUCCGUCGCCCCAACGUCUUCGAUUCACCAAAAGGACAAACCUGUUCCGACGAAUGCUGGCCCUGCAGGUGCUGCAUCCUCGUCGUCCUCUAAGAGCCAGAGCAGCGGCAGCAGCAGCAGCAACAACUCGGCGAACAAGGCAGCCGACAUGGCAAAGGCCAAGCGACUCCUUGUCAGAGUCAAGAACGCUCCAUGUGCUUCAGAGUUUAAGGAUCCCGUCGAUCCUAUCUUGCAAGGAAUCCCGCUUUACCCCAAGAUCAUCACGUCGCCCAUGGAUCUCGGUACGAUCGAGCGCAAGGUUGAUGAGAAGCGGUACAGGAAUAUCCGCGAGAUCAAGGAUGACCUCGACCUUGUCAUAUCCAAUUGUCGCAAGUUCAACCCCAGAGGAUGCUUUGUGGUCGACCAGGCGGAUCUGCUGGAGGAGGUGGUAAACAGAGACUGGGAGAACACCUUUGGAAAUCAAGCGGCCACCGGAAACGACACAAGCCAAGCCCACACCGCUCCUACCAGCAAGGCGACCUCUGCAACGGCUACCACCACCAGCACCUCCGCCAGCUCAAAGCCCAAGAGUAAGGUUGGGAAGGUAGAGGAUGAGUCCAAGACGCCUGUCAAGGAAACCACCCAACCUGCCGCAGCCGCAGCCCGACGACCUUCAUCCACACCCAAGCCAAAGCCCGUCAAGGUGGCAGAGAAGGUCGUUGAGCCACCCCAAGAUGUCCUUCAGAAGCACAUGGACAGGAUCUUGAAGAAGGCAACUAAUCACAAGCAUGCUGGACCUUUCCUCCAUCCCGUCGACUGGAAAGCGAUGAACUUGCCCAACUACCCCUUGCUGAUCAAGAACCCAAUGGACUACUCAACAAUUGGCAAGAAGGUAAAGGCUGGCCAGUACCCGAGCAUGGAUGCUUUUGCGGACGACAUUCGAUUGGUUACCCAGAAUUGUGUCAACUUCAAUGGGCUGGAUCACCCUAUCUCGCAGGGAGGUUUGAUAAUUGUUACAAUUAUCAACAAGGAGGUCGAGAACGCCAAGAAGGAGCUUCAUCGACUCUAUCCAACCUCAACUUCGGCGACGGCUGCAUCGACUGGAAGCCCGGUGGCUGGUGCAUCUGCGGCAUCCAAAGCCAAGGCGGGCAUCACGGAGGAGCUGAAUGGUCAUCUCAAGAUCAUCCAACGUCUCAAGGCCAACGUGGACUUUGGUGCAUUUGCCGUCCCCGUCGACCCGAUUGCCCUCGGAAUCCCCACUUAUUUCGACAUUAUCAAGCGCCCCAUGGACUUUGGGACGAUCGAGAAGAAGCUGAUUGCGGGCGAAUACAGCUCUGGGGAGGAGGUCAUCCUAGACGUCAGGCUGGUCUUCUCGAAUUGUGCUACUUUCAAUGCACACCCUGGGGAUCUUGUGGCGGCAAUGGGAACGAGACUCAAGAAGACGUGGGAGAAUAUGCUCAAGAAGGAAGGCCUGAACAACCCCAAGUCUGCUGUCUCGAAUAUCGGGGCGUCGCCGAGUCAUGCCUCUUCGUCGUCUUCAUCUAAGCCCAAGACUGAUUCCUCACCAACGCCAACGUCGUCAGCUGUCAAGAAGUCGGGAACACCAGGAUCAGCCGGCUCGAGCUCGAAAUCCAAGUCGGCGGCAGCAGCAGCCAAGAUGGCCCCAGCCUACAUCCCCCCGUCGUCGUCUCCCUCAUCUCCCCACCACAACAGUAAUAGCAACCGCCGUGGCUCCUCGACUCCAGCACCCACUCCGCUUCGCAAGGUGACAACUGCGGGAGCCACGUCGUCGUCGAGCGGUCAUAGCAAGCACGGAGGCUCUGCAUCUGCAAACUCGACCCCUGCCAGCAACAGCGCUGCUGCAACCUUUAUGGCUUCUUUGGCGCCGCCUAAGCAUCAGCCUCAGCACAAGAGCGGCGGAGGCAGUGGAGGCAGCAAGCAUUCCCGACACGACCUUUCCAGCGGCAGCGACCUCUCGGACCCCGACGACGAUGACGAUGACGCGUCCAAGUCGCCUUCAUCCAUCAUUCAACCUAUCCGUCUGCAACCACCUCAGCUGAUGGCGCCAGCAUCCGGCUCGCGCUACGACUCUGAUUCGGGACGAAGAAAGAAGCGCGAGCGCGACCAUCGCGCUGCUUCGGGAGGUGAUGACGAUGAUGGGGAGAUGAGCAGCAGCAGCCGCCGGCACCGAAAGAAAGAAGGAUCGUACUCUGAGGAAUAUGCGUCGUCCUCGACCUCAACCCGACGCGAGCACAAGUAUCACCCAUCCAGCAGUGGCAGCACUGGCAUUCGUCUGCACCUGGGAGGAUCCUCAUCGCGAUACGAUUCUGACUCUGGACGAAAGAAGAAACGGGAGCGCGAGCGCGAGAAUAAUGGCGCAGGAUCGGCCGACGAAGACGAUGAUGGAGAGCAUAGCAGCAGCAGCCACAAGCGUCGUAGAAGAGAGGGCUCGAUUUCUGACGACAACAGCGGAAGCCAUCGGGAUUCCCGCGAACAUCGGGAGCACCGUGAGCACCGCGAGCACAAGAAACACAAGAAGAGCCGCAAGCACAAGAAGCACAAGAAGCGAUCGUCAGAGGACCGAGAUAGAGAACGCGACUAUGGAGAUCGCGACCGCGACCGUGAGCGUGAGCGUGAGCGAGACCGGGACCGCUAUCGCGACGACGCUGGAAGUGGAAGUGACACCGGUGGCCGUGGUGGACGAAACGGACGCUAUGAUUCUGACGGCGGGAGCGAUGACGGCCGCAAGCAGCAAUACUCUCCUUACUGA